CUUUCCUGACCGUUAGAGGUCUCUCAUUGUAUAUAAACAUAGAAGGAAAUCAUAUGACAUGACAGUGAAAGAGUAAUUUUUCUCCGUCUUUUGUUUGAAAGAAAGAUUUUUUUUAACGAUGAGAACUUUAUCACUAUUGAUACCAUGUGUGUUGGUGAUUUAUACGUCUGCAACAUGUAUGCCUGGAGCAUAUUGUCCCAUGGAUAACGAUGUACUGCAAAAUAAUGCUAUGGUACACAAGAUGGCACAGUUCGCUCUCACGGCAUAUGCAACCAAAUCGAAUGUUCUGUGUGAUGCAAAAUUCAGUGUUACCCACACCGAGACACAGAUUGUUUCGGGUGUCAAUUAUAAGAUGACAGUGGAGGCCACCUGUGGAGGACAGAGAACUGUGUGUCAGUUUCUUGUGUUUGACCAGUCCUGGACUAGCACCAGGGAGCUGAGUUCUGACCACUGUACCUCUGACCAUCAGACUGGGGUCGGGGGUAUGUCCCCUGCCGAUAAAAACAGUGACCAAUUCCUAAAGGCCAUGAACUACGCUGCCUCCCAGGUGGACAUGCAGAGCAACAGCUUGUUCAGAACGACCCCUGUACAUUUCAGUCAUUGUUUCGAACAGGUUGUGGCCGGAAUGAAAUAUGUAUGUGACGUCACCUUCAGUGAAAACAGUUGCACCAAGGGAGACACAACAGAUCUGUCUCUAUGUUCAGUGAACAGAAAAGGAUUGUCCUCCACCUGGCACGUGGAAAUCAUGUCCCAGCCCUGGAUGCCAACUAAGUACACAUUGCAACAGCUCAUGUUUAAGCAAGAAAAUGUGGUAGAACAACAGGAUUUAAAGAACCUGAAAAUGAAAGUGUUAAAGGAGAAGCUUGGGUUGAAAUUAAAAUCUGAUGCCACACAGAAGAUAAUGGAAGCUACAGAUAUGAGUAAAAAUAAAUUGAAGUUUGGGAGAAAAAUGGUGGAUCUUAAAAAGCCUUUACUUGGUAAAGAUGGACAUGAUAUGCAGCAACACAGCAAAUCCAAAUUGCUAGGUGGAGAUGGUCAUGAUCUGAAACCUCAUGGAAAACGAAAUCUGAUUGGUGGAGAUGGUCAUGACCUGAAACCUCAUGGAAAAUCAAAUCUGAUUGGUGGAGAUGGACAUGACUUGAAACCACAUGGAAAACCAAAUCUGAUUGGUGGAGAUGGACAUGACUUGAAACCACAUGGAAAACCAAAUCUGAUUGGUGGAGAUGGACAUGACUUGAAACCACAUGGUAAACAAAAUUUGUUAGGUGGAGAUGGACAUGACUUGAAACCACAUGGCAAAUCAAAAAUACUAGGUGGAGAUGGACAUGAUAUGAAACCUCAUACAAAACAAAAUUUGAUUGGUGGAGAUGGACAUGAUAUGCAGCAACAUGGCAAAUCAAAAUUAUUAGGUGGAGAUGGACAUGAUUUGAAAUCACAUGGAAAGUCCCUUCCCAUGGAUGGAGGAGCAUUUGGAAUGCUACUUAAUGGACGCCCCAUGUUUGAUGGAGGUGUUGGUGAUCUAUGUCAGUGGGGUGUAUUCCAACAGUUUCAGGAAAGAUUCAAGAGACUGUACAUGUCUAAACAAGAGGAGAAAAGCCGAUUUAAGAUUUUCUGUGAGAACAUGAGAAAGGCUCAGAAAUUGCAGGAUAUUGAGAAGGGAACAGCAGUGUAUGGGAUGACAAAGUUUGCAGACCUGUCUGAAUCCGAGUUCAAGCAGUAUGUUGGCAAAGUCUGGGACCAGAAUGCCAAUAAAGGAAUGAAGAAGGCAGCCAUACCUCACAUGAAAUCCUUACCCAAGAGUUUUGACUGGAGGAAACAUGGGGCUGUGACAGAAGUUAAGAAUCAGGGAUCUUGUGGGUCAUGUUGGGCUUUUUCUACCACUGGCAACAUAGAAGGACAGUGGGCCAUUAAGAAGAAAAAUCUGAUCUCCCUGUCUGAACAAGAGCUUGUAGACUGUGAUAAGGUGGAUGAGGGUUGUAAUGGUGGAUUACCAAGCCAGGCAUACAAAGAAAUCAUCCGAUUAGGAGGUCUGGAAAGUGAGACAGAUUAUCGCUACAGAGCUCAUGAUGAAAAAUGUGCCUUCGAUAAAUCUGAGGUCCGAGUGAAAAUCAACGGCUCAGUGUCUAUUUCCAGCAAUGAAACAGAGAUGGCAGCAUGGUUGACAAAGAACGGACCUAUAUCUAUAGGAAUCAAUGCUUUUGCUAUGCAGUUUUACAUGGGUGGAAUAUCGCACCCCUGGAAAAUUUUCUGUAACCCAAAGGAGCUUGACCAUGGAGUAUUAAUUGUAGGGUAUGGAGUGGAGGGGAGUAAGCCAUACUGGAUCAUUAAGAACAGUUGGGGGCCAGAUUGGGGAGAAAAGGGUUAUUACUUGGUCUAUCGCGGCGCUGGGGUUUGUGGCCUCAACACAAUGUGCACUUCAGCUGUGGUCAACUAAAGAUUGAACAUGAUCAUUCCUGUUAUUAUUGACACUAUCAUCAUUUAUUUGUUUUGAUAUUCUGUGGUUUCUUCAUUUUUCAUUGAAUAUCAGUUUUUGUUGUUUUCCGUGUUUAAGCUUUCCACGAAUACACGAUAUCAACGAAACUAUACUUUAUGAUGAAUCCAUGGAAUUUGAUGCACCCCAUGAAAAUUGAUGAAACCACAAUACACAGAUCUGUUUAUAACAUUAUGCCUAAGUUUUCUAACAAGUUGUUAUCAUAUGUUAUGUAUAAUAAUAUUGUCUGUAUUUUCAAAACAGAAAUAAUGACUAAGGUAGUUCCUGAACCAUUGUAUUUUGUACAGUUGAUUUAUUUUUAGAACAUUACAGUACCUGGAUGUCACAAAUGAUAAAAUGUACAUUAAUUUUUCACAUAUGAUAAAAUGUACGUUAAUUUUUCACAAAAGUUAAAAUGUACGUUAAUUUUUCCCAGCUAGCUGGUUCUAGCAACUUUCAACAUACAGUACAUGAACAAUGUCUAUACAGUGUAUAUAUAGAUAAUGUAAUAUUUUUUAUUUCAAGGAUUUUCAAAAGUUUUGCAAUUUCAAAUAUCUUUUGAUAAUUUGUUGAAGAUUGAGAAUAUUCUACAAAUUUAGAAAAGAUAACAUUUUCUGAAUUUGUUUAUUCUUGGUCAAGUUUCAGGUACAAUUCAUUGCUUGUUUUGUUUGAUUCGAGUUAAAUUUGCAUUAAAUUUUGGUUAAUAAAAUCUUAUACUAUGAUGCUUGUAUUCACAACUACUGAGAUCGCGAUGGUACUUUUUUACAAUUAUUGUUCUGACUCGUUUGUUGUUUAAUAUUGUACAAAAAGAAAACUGGCACAUUUUUUAUUUAAUGUAUUGAUUAUUUUUACUAAGAUUUUUUUUUCAUAUCUAAAUUAUUUGGCUUUUGAAAUACAUGUAUGUAGAGAUUGAAAUUCAGAGAAUUAUUUUGUGUUGAUUUUAUAUCUCAGGGUUUUAAAGUAAUACCUAGAUUAAUGAUAUAAACAGCAAUUUAAAAUGCUCUUCAUUUAGAAUAUAAAGCUAUAGGUUGUGUGCCACUGUACAUCUUAACUUUGCUGAUUUUAUGAUAAAUAAAUGAUAAUAUUUUAA